CGCGAUGAACGAGCAGAUCGGGUACCCUGACAUGCUGACCAACCCGGCCGAGCUCAACCAGGAGUACAUCAUGCUGAACGUGACUCAUGGCCAGUUCCUCGUCAACAUCCUCAAUGUGCUCCACUACGAAGCGUACCACAACUUUCAGAACCUGCGCCAGCCGGUGAACAGGGACAAGUGGUCCACGGAGCAUCCUUAUUUUCGUACGCGGUGCCCCCGGAACUGA